AUGUCUUAUGGCCAGGUUCCACAUGCUGUUUGCUCAGAACUAUGUCCUGUUGGCACGAGGAGAGCACGCAUUAAAGGAAGGCCCAGCUGCUGUUUUGACUGUGUUCCAUGUGCUGAUGGCACCAUCACUAAUCAGUCAGGAGCACUGGACUGCACCCUGUGUCCUGAGGAGUACUGGUCCAAUGAGAGGAGGAGCAGAUGCAUAUUAAAAUACGUUGAGGUUCUGUCCUUUGAGGACACGUUGGGAAUAAUUCUGACAGCUGUGUCUUUAGUUGGGGCCUCUCUUACUUUAGCAACCACAGUGAUUUUCCUUGUGUUCAGGCACACACCAGUAGUGAGGGCAAAUAACUCAGAACUGAGUGCCCUCCUGCUGCUUUCCCUCUUCCUGUGCUUCCUCUGUCCUCUCACCUUUAUUGCUGAGCCCACUGCCUGGUCCUGCAUGUUGCGCCACACUGCAUUUGGCGUGACCUUUGCCCUCUGUAUCUCCUGUGUUCUAGGGAAAACAUUAGUUGUGAUUACAGCUUUCCGUGCCACUUUGCCAGGUGUGACUCAGUUUGGACCUGUACAGCAGAGGAUAAUUGUAUAUUCCUGCACUGCAGUUCAAGUUUUUAUUUGCAUACUCUGGCUAAGUAUCACACCACCCUAUCCCCAAAAAAGGCAUAACAACAGAAAGAUUAUUGUUGAAUGCAACACAGGGUCAGACACAGCAUUUUAUGCUGUCUUGGGGUACAUAGGCCUUUUAUCAGGUAUGUGUCUACUUUUGGCUUUCUUAGCCAGAAAAUUACCAGAUAAUUUCAAUGAGGCCAAAUUAAUUACUUUCAGCAUGCUUGUAUUCUGUGCUGUGUGGAUCGCAUUCAUUCCAGCAUAUGUCAGUUCACCAGGCAAAUAUACUGUGGCGGUUGAAAUAUUUGCCAUUUUGUCCUCUGCAUUUGGCUUACUUGUUUGUAUUUUUGCCCCAAAAUGUUAUGUUAUUAUAUUUCAACCUGAGAAAAACACUAGAAAACAUGUAAUGGGGAAGGUGCCUAAGAGUGAGCUUUGAUUAGAUUGUAGACUGUGAUUUGGGCCACUGUGUUACUUACUUAAAUGUAAUAUAGAUAUUCUUCACAAUUAAACUGUGUUCUCUCUGUUUUCUCGAAGAUCAGUCAGGAAGCCUUGCAUUGGAUUUCUAUGGUAGCCAAUGAACAAGUUAGCUAAUGGGGUUGGUUUAACAUACAAAAGA